AUGGCCGCGCGGGCCGGUCAAGAAUUGCUGGCAACUGCCGAUCGACCGUAUGGUGGUGAUGGUGGUGGUGGUGGUGGUGGUGCUGGUGCUGUUGCUGGUGCUGGUGGUGCUGGUGGUGCUGGUGGUGCUGGUGGUGCUGGUGGUGUUGGAGGUGGUGGUGGUAGAACGCCACCACCCUUCAAGGAUCAAGGCGCAGAUGCAGCUCCUAAAGCGGUGGGAGUCACAUUGGGAGCAUACGUGCAUCAUGAACAGUACGGAGAGGAACUUCUUGACGCUAUGAGCGACGAGCCAGUUGAAGAUUCGGACGAAGAUCGUGAUGCUGGUCAGAAUCGACGAUCUUUUGCCUUCUCCCAGAACGGCGCUCUCUAUACGCACUGGGGAAGUAGCACUUGCUCUGAGGCCUCACAUCUAGUCUACAGUGGAUUCGUGGGAGGUACGUGGUACACAGUUCAAGGAGGCGCUGCGCAGUAUUUGUGCAUGCCGAUGGAGCCAGAAUACAGUGAGUACAUCCCUAAAACUCAAUCAAACUCUAUCCUCCAAAGCGCCGAACUACAGACGCCAUCUAAGGCGAUUCCUGCCUUCCAUAGCCAGUAUCAGAAUACACCAGUGUGUGCCUUGUGUCAAGCGUCCGGUCGUUCGGCGCAGUUCAUGUUCCCUGCUCGUUUGACCUGUCCCGCUGGUUGGACCAAAGAGUAUGAUGGGUACUUGAUGACGGCAAAGUACGAUCACAGGCGUACGGAGUACAUCUGUAUGGACAAACAGCCAGAGGUUAUGGAGAACACCAGCAAGAAUGUCAACGGCGCUCUGCUGUAUUUCGUUGAAACCAACACCAAAACUGACGUUCCGGAUACAUACGUCGGCGAGAAGGAGUUGACCUGCUCAGUCUGUUCAAAGUAA